AUGCUCGUGCCUCCGUUGAUCCUGCAGCUAUGCCUCCUACGUUCAUGCCUUAUGCCUACAGUCUCUUAUCUCAGCCCUGACGCUGGAAGUAACACAAAGGGACUCGGGGUAGAAGAAUCAAAAGCGACAAGAGCCUUAACAUCAGUAUACCACAACAACCAAACUAACGCACCCAAUAUCAACAGUUUAGUGGCAGUUUCUUGUUCUACCCAU